AUGCGCGCUGCGCCUGUGGGUGGUGAGCCGUCCGCGGCAGUGGAUUCCCCGGUGACAAAGGUGGAGGCAGCAGCAGCGGACGACAGCGACGCUCCGCAGCAGCCGGCGACUGCACAGGAGCAGGUGGCGGCUCUGGGCAAAGGCAUCCUGGAAAAUCGGCGGCUCAUCGCCGUGGCGGUCGCGGUCGCUGACGUGGCGUUCCUCUGGGUCGCCGUUAAGCUGGGGAAAGGCUGGUGGGACAGCAACCACUGA